AUCAGGUGAUCGCAGGCCGCCGUGGUCACGUGGAUCGGGCGGGCGCGCCCGAGCUGGCCAUGGCGGCCGCGGUGUCCGGUGUGGUGAGGCGGGUGGAAGAGCUCGGGGACCUGGCUCAGGCUCACAUACAGCACCUUAGCGAAGCCGCGGGGGAAGACGAUCACUUUUUAAUUCGGGCCUCUGCAGCUCUAGAAAAGUUGAAACUCUUGUGUGGAGAAGAGAAAGAAUGUUCAAAUCCAUCAAAUCUUUUGGAACUAUACACACAGGCCAUUUUGGACAUGACAUACUUUGAGGAGAAUAAGCUAGUAGAUGAAGAUUUUCCUGAAGACUCUUCUCCCCAGAAAGUAAAAGAGCUUCUCAGUUUUCUUUCAGAACCAGAAAUUUUAGUUAAGGAAAACAAUAUGCAUCCCAAACUGUGUGAUUUGCUUGGGGAUGAGCUACUAGAAUGCCUGUCUUGGAGACGAGGAGCCCUGUUAUAUAUGUAUUGUCAUUCUCUAACUAAGAGAAGGGAGUGGCUCUUAAGAAAAUCUAACUUGCUUCAGAAGUAUCUUGUUGAUGGGAUCAAUUACUUGCUGCAGAUGCUAAAUCAUCGAUGCCCAAUCCAGUUAAAUGAAGGUGUUUCUUUCCAAGACCUAGACACAGCUAAGUUACUGAGUACAGGAAUAUUUAGUGAUAUUCAUGUACUGGCUAUGAUGUACAGUGGAGAAAUGUGCUACUGGGGAUUAAAGCAUUGCACAGAUCGACAGUCAGAAAAUCAUGAAGUCAAUACUGAUGUUUUUGGAGCAAGCUGUACCACAUACAAAGAACCUUUGGAUUUCCGAGAAGUAGGAGAAAAAAUUUUGAAGAAGUAUGUGUCGGUGUGUGAAGGACCUCUGAAAGCACAGGAGUGGAAUACGACGAAUGCUAAGCAGAUCUUGAGCUUCUUUGAGCAGCACUGUAGCUAGGUGUUCACCUAGUUCUCACAAGGAAAAAAAGGUGUCACAAAAGAAGAUGUACUACGCUGAUCUUGACAAUACUACACUACAUGAAGGUGCCCAAUGUGGCUACCUUUCUCUAACGCUAUCACCUUCCAUUGUAUAGUCUUAAAUCUGUAAAAAAAAGUAUUCUCUAAUUUCUAAAAUGGCGUAUAUGUUAUUCUAACUGAACUUGAACUACGUAUAAUCCUGCCACUGGUAAGGAGGAACCCAAUGUAUAUUGAUAGUUACUUUAGGUUAUAUUUUCAUUGUAGUAAAAUAUAUGCAUACUUCAAAGUUGAAAAUCAGUUUUCCUCCUUGUUUCAGAUAUAUACUAUGAAUAUAAAUGUAGGCAAUUAAAAGAUUAUAACUAAUAUUUAGAUUUCAUUUCCAGUAAGCUAAAUAGCAAACUAUUUUAAAAAAUGAAUCAUUGUAUUUAUUUUGCCUUGUAUUACUAAUAAUACUUAAAUUAUGGACUUAGCUAUUUUAUAAAUUAUUUUCUUACUUUGUUUAAAACAAAAACUGCAUGGUUCCUCCAGUAUGAAGGUAAAAAUCAGUGUAGAUGAUUCUGUCAUUAUUUAGAUGUUUUUAGGGCACAUCUUUGCAUAUGUUUUGCCUUUAUUAGGAUUGAAAUGCUGAUGGUCAGAGAGCCUAGCUUGCUGUCUUGCUCACCGUCUUUCUGCCUACCUCAACUCCUGUUGUCUUGGGAUGGUCUGUAUGAUGAUCCCUUCUGAUGCAUGAGACUUCUGUCCCAGUGACAUCUUUACAUUCCAGGAAUUUCUGUUACUGCACCUUGGGCAUCAGCCAUACUCAGUUUCUCUUUCUAAAAUCUUAAAUUUUCAAUUAACUGAUGACAAUUCUCAUCUUUUAAAAUUUCCUUAUUUUUCUUGGUUUUUCUCUAUUUUCACUGUGUAGUUGCCAUCCUUUUCACAGGGUUCUUUCUUGACUGUUUUCGUAAAUCUUGAGCAGUGAGCCUCUUUCAUGCUUCCUUUGCACUUCAGGGGCACCAUCUGAAUCACUGUCCCCCUUGCUUCCUCUUCUGUCUUAUCUGCUAGUGUUGUCUUUAGCAGGCUCUCAGCACUGUGUUAGUAGCUCCUUCAUCAGCCAUUUAUCCAUAGGAGGCUAAGGUCUAUGAAAGGCAUGUAGUCCUUUAAAGGGUGUUACUACGUGUGUGGCUUCACUUAGAAGAACCUUAACUGAAAGUGACUAAGGUACCUGUCCUUUCCACUGUGGUAGUCAAAUUUCAUUAGUCUCCUCUACCCUUACUCUGUCACAGGAAGUUUAGAUUCUGAGAGAAUCAACUAAUGUUUACUCAUUUUUCUGUUUUAAAGAAAAAUAGGCUGCCUAUUUUCUGUUGACUAAACUUGGUCAUUUCCUUUGUUUCUCAUUUUUUGCCUGUCCUUGUGAAAGUUCUGUUUUUUUCUUACUCCAAAUGCUCAUGUUAAGCAAUAUCCUUCACAGCCAUUUGGCUUGUAAUGGCUAAAAUAUCAGGCUGAUUUCCAUUUGAGGAACCUGAACUCCAGUAUCCUUGGUCUCUGAAGUUUAUUUCUAACUACCUAUUAUGUGUCUUCAUUUUGUCAAAUACUGAGUGCAUAGUAAUUUUAAGUUUGGUAUGGGCAAACAAAUUUUCAUCUUCUAUGGAAAAUCUUCUCUGCUUUGUUUCCCCUUAGUUUUCUGUACUUUUUCAAGAAGGAAAACAGAAGACCUACUACUCUUCCAUUCUUAUUUCUACACACAUUCUGUUUUGUGUUCUAGACCAAUGUUUUUCAAACAUCAAAAUCCCAGGCUCCUUUUUGAUAAACAAAAUUCUGAAUAAGCAAUGGAAGCUAGGAGAGAUUCUUCCAUCCCUGCUACAACUCCUGGCCUGUCUUUAUACAACCAAGGUUUUUAUGUAACCUAGCAUUUUAGCAAGUUUUAUUAUGAAAAUAUCGUAGCUUUCUAAAAUUAAAUAAUCUUUAAUGUGAUUUUUAGAAGCAUAGACUUCUUCAGUGGGUCAUAAUCAAUUAAUCAAGUGCUUCCAGAACCUUUCCCAAAUGCACUUAAAUUUUACAGCUUCAAUAUUUUUAUAGACACUAUUAUUUCAAGGCCAUUCUUUGUGGCCAGAUAAAUACUUUACUUGUAUGAUGUACCUUUAGUAAUACAGUGUCCAAAACCUUUUUUCAGCCCUUUCCAGUAGAAAUGAAAUGCUCCCUUAUUUUUCCUAUCUUCCUUUCCCAUGUUACCACAGUAUAACAUGUUGUAAUUAUUUUCCUUACUACUGAAUGAACUCCAUAUCUUAAAAUUUUACCUUUGCACAUAUUGUUCAUUGCAUGGUAGGUAGUAAUAUUUUUUGAAUUAAUGAGGCAUGAUUUGAAAUGCCAAAUUUUGCACAGAAGGGUUGCUGCUAUUGCAUUCCAAACUGCCAUGCCCUCUCUACCAGUGGUUGAUACAGCAAGGAGGAAUAUGUAUUAUUCAGAGGAGUAAAGUGUGACUUGGAUACUAAACCUGAGAAAGUAAGACUUCGUCUUUAGAAGCUGAGAGCUUCAAGUUUUGCCUUUAAGACCCUUGUGGACUCACGAGUUGGUACAAUUAUGAGGGUAUUCCUGGGUGCUUUUUGUAUAAUUUACUCCCUCCUCCCCAAACAAGUGAGGAAGAAUUUGUAGACCAUAAUUAAAGUAGUUGCAGUACUUUUUAUCAUGGUAUUAUAAAAGAACAACACAUUUUGUAUUCAUUUAAUCUUGAUGAGUAAAUUCUCUUAUUUAGAAUGAAGUAACCUCAAAAUACCAAAUACUCUACAUGUGGACAAUAAUUAAGCCUAUAAUCAAUUCAUUCAACAGUUGUUUGGUGCCUACUACAUGCUAUAUCUUGUCCUAGGCACUGAGGAUAUUGCUUUGUAAAUGCCCUCCUAUUAUGGGGCUUUCAGUGGUGGAAGAAUAUAUAGUGAUAACACUGUAAAGCAUUAAGCAGGGUGUAAGGGACGAGUGUGACUUGGAGAUGGGUGCUAUUUUAUUUAGAGUGGUUGGAAAGGCACAUCUAAGCACCCAUCUUCAGUUUCCAUUGUGUUGUUUAGAUGCCUUGUAUGUUCAGUACACUCAAAGAUUUUCUUAUGGAAGUCCUCACUUAAAACUUUCUCAUUUAUUUUGCAUUGAAUGGAUUUCUUAUCAGUGGUGUUCCUCGUGUACACUGUCUGAAAUCCUUGGACUUUUUAAUUCAUUCCAGAUGGUUUUCUUUCUACCUUCCAGUUCCCUUUUCUCUCUUCUAUAAGGUUACAACAUCUGUCCACAGAAGCCAAAACUCUGUAGUUUCUGUAAUAUCACUUCCCUAUAUAUUUUAAACACAAUAUGAGGUAGCUUGGUAUGAAACUAUUACAUUAAGAGGUACUUAAUAUUGUCACAAUUAAUGUAUGCAUUAUAUAUCCAUGCUGGUGUUCAGUAGUUUUUGUUUUCCUACUUCUACUGAAAACACUUUAUCUUCAGUAUGAAUUCUCUGCUAUUCACUAAGAUGUAAAAUGCUAUAGGAUUUUCCACAACCCUUAAAUGUUUAUCAUUCUUUACUCAGUAUGAAUUUUCUGAUAUGUGUUACGAUAAAUCUUUCUGCCAAAAGCC